AUGGAGGCCUUCAGGCGGAAGGCCCAGCGGCUGGCCAUCAUGCCCGAAACGGGUUUCCUACCACGGCUGCUUCAUGAACAGGCAGACUUUACAUUCCCGAUGUCUCCAGCAGACUAUGAUACGGCUUUGGCUGUGAAUGUGGAUGUGCUGCGGUUUCUGCACCCGCAUCUGCGAGAUCUUGGUGUCAGGUUUGAGGCUGCAAACCACGAGUAUUUUGUAGGCGGCGCAAAGAUGAAGCACUCCGUGACAGGCUUGAUUCACAAAUUUUGUGAGCCCUUCAACGCUGAAGCCGUUAUCGGCUUCAUGAUGAAGGGGCAGAAUUGGCCACGUCCUGGAUACCUGCAGCGGGUCAUCCCUUUUGAUGCUGUUACUAAGCUGCACCUUCUAUCUCCUGAACUGCUUCCGCUUCUUGCGGGCAGUCCUCGAGACGACCCGCGCAUUUGCGACGUACUGCGGGCGCUCUCCGGAGUCUUUGGCUUGGAAGACGAGAUCUCGCGCCUGGUUCUGUCACCUGAGCAGAUAAAGAUCAAGUGGGCAGCCGAUGCUAAAGAAGCAGCAUGUUAUGGUACUUACAUGCACAACUUGUUUGAGGCAUACCUCAACGGGUACGAUGUGCCAAGAUGCUCUCCAGAAUUCCGCAUGCUUUGUCAUUUCCUCGCGAAUAUGCCCACGUCCACUAAAGCUUGGCGCACGGAGUGGGUGAUCUAUGGCGAGGAAGAAGGCCUAGCAGGCUCCGUCGACUUUUGCGCCAGGAAAGAUGACGGCACGCUCAUAGUAGUGGACUGGAAGCGCAGCGCUGGCCUGCCAUCAAAGUGCACCUCGGCCAGAAGAAUGCUGGGUCCUCUGAGUCAUCUGCCUGACUGCACGGUGACGCAUUACAAGCUGCCGCUGAAUACUUACAGAUACAUAUUGGAGAAGUACUACGAUGUGAAAGUGUCCGAGAUGUACAUUGUUUGCUGUCAUCCGGAGCAUGGCACAAGCCCAUGGGUAUGUUCAGUGCCCAGGCUCGAAGCAGAGACAGAACUCAUGUUGGCACACUCACGUGAUUUUCCAGGCGGUGCAACUGCUCCACCGGCAGAGAGUAAACGCUGGAGGGUGCGCCAUGAUCUCCUGCAGCGUUAUGCGGAUCUCGUGCUUCAAUUUCCCUGCGUGGAGUGGCUCUGUCCUACACCGACCGACUAUCGUCUGGCAAGCAAACGACAGUGGGAGCGAGCAAUGCGCAAUGCUCGUGUCACACUUGCUCUCCUGCAGCGAGAGCAAUAUUACAUCCUAUAUAUGUUCCUUCACACGCAGCACAAGAGGAUUUCUCUGCCCCACCCAAUGGUUGAUUUCAGAGCGACCGAAUGGGUGCCUCAGGCAGUUGCCUCGUUUCUUGAGCACGAACGACAGACCUUGCCCGGUGUUCGUGAAGUGCAGCCUGCAGAUUUGCAGGGAGGAUCUCUUCUGCCAGAUGAGCUAUUUCGCUACAUUGCCAUCAGCUCUCCCAGCACCGGUCAGCUGUAUCAGCUCCAGGCUUGCUGCCGUAGAUUUCGAGAAGUGAUUCUCCAGCGGAAGUCGUGGCAAAAUCUGCACGUACACCUUGACACAUUUGCCAACGAGAGCGACGACGACUUUGCUCGUGCGAUCCGAUUGUUACCUGUCUGGAGUAGCGCCAGGCAAGUUAUUGUGUCUUAUAGACUUCUUGGCCGGAUGCCUCUUUCAGCGCUGCCGUCAAAUCUCAAGAUGACGUGGUCCGUGCGAGCAGCGGAGCCUGCGACGCUCUUCAACUGCACGUGUUUCGCUUGGGAAUCAGUGGAAAAUCUUUUUGGCUCAGCAGAGUUUGCUGUCAGAUGCAUGGACCCGGACAGUACCAUGAUUGUUGGUGUGAAGAAAAGAAAUGAUGCGCAGCCGUGGCCGUUGGCAAGCCAGCCUCGAGCGGUCUUUCUUCGGCUUCAGAAUCCGUUCGGCAGGGACAUGCGUGCUAGCUUCGGCAGAAGCAACGAACAGUUCUUGGAUUUGCCAGGGGUCCGCGGCCCUUGCCAGGGUAGGAAUUUCGAGCAUGAUUUCGCUGUACAGUGGGUGGGGCGGGAGCUGCGGAUUACUAUCAACGGUGUUCUGCUCCCGAUCUUGCGCUUGCGUCCCGAAGUGGCCGCGAGUCUUGGUGCCCACACAAAACUCUUUGUUAGAUUCUUUUCUUCCUCAGCAGACGCGCAAGCCAGCUUCUCCGUGCGGCCGUUGCCAUGCACAGUUCAAUCAACUUCUUGCGUCAGCUGCUUUCGAUGUCAAGCGCUCUCCACCGUUGGCACCGGUGCUAUUCGACCUUGCACUCAUUGUCUUGAAUGGUUCUGCCGAUGGCAUAGAGAUCAGGUUAGUGACCGAGAGAUCUGCCACUCUUGCGCAAAUGUGUGGACAGAUGCAGUCGGAGGCUCUACAGGUGACCCAGUUGUAGAGGUGCAGACUCAGGCCUCGCAAGACAGCUUUGCUGCUAGUGUGCAUGAGGAUAUACAGCAUCAGCUUGCAGUCCAAGACGCCCAGGAUGCCGUCUCUGCGCAACUCAAAAGCGAAGAAAUCGAAGAAAGAGCUGCUGAUGUUGAGCUUGAGGCUCAGGACGACAGUGCCUGGGCAGCCUUGAAGAGAAGACGCCUGCUGCCUGGCGCAGCGACAUCGGAUCGCGACUUUCGCGAGUUGUUUGCCGGCUUAGAGCAGUACCGAGCUGUUUUUGAACAUGAGGCAUCCGAAGUGACGGAAGAGUUGAACAGCAUUCCCAACUUCGUGUCGCGAUACAGGGCACGAAUCCCGCGUGACUACCCUGGUAUGUCUGAGUACAUGAUCAAGCUCAUGACAGCUGCCGUGGCCGUGCUCGGUCUGCGCACCGUGGACGUGUUCCAGCAGGAAAAUGCCAUGAUGUUGUGGAUCAUCGAAGGCGAAACACACAUGCGCUUUCACCACGGCGAUUGCUACAUUCUUCACAACAGCGGGGCAUUUCAGCAUUACAAAGGCUCACCGCUGGACUGCAGAUUGUUCCGGCAGCUUCCACCAGGCACUCGCCGUACUGAGCACGAAGUUCUUCAAGCAGUGGCCGUGUUGCUAACGAGAGCCGACAGCGAGCGCGACUUCUUGGCGACUUGCCGUUCCGCCGCCGUGAACAAUGCAGGAGAUAGCUUGAUCAAGAACAAGCAGGCGCACGCUGCACCGCAAGCAGAUGAAGGCGAUGCCGGCCGUGAGGGAGAAGGUGAAGUACCCGCUAGCCACUGGAAUAUCUACUCUGCUCGCAUGAUCAUUUCGUUCGAGCGAAACAUCAUCAGGGAGAUGGCAGAGGACAAACUCAUCUCUUACAUGAUCGAGUUUUGCGAGCAGCCAAUGAUGCAAGUGUCGGGAUGCUGCUACAACGAUUGCUGUGUCAUUUACCCGGGUGCAAGUCCAGCUGAGCAGGUGCUUUUGCUGCAGUAG